AGCAAAGGUAAUCAUGGAAGACACUGCUCGGGCUAAUGUCGCCUCUUGCUUAACAGCCCAUGGCUGCUGGCCCAGGCAGCUGAGAAUUGGCAGUACCCUGGGACUUGUGCACACUCACUUAUAACACUUGAGACAUGCUUGUCUGUUCGCAGGCCAGGACUUUAUGGGCCCUUGGGCAGGAGACCCCGAAAACCCCACAGAAGGUGCAGAAAGGGCAGCAACAGAGGAACUGUCAAAAUAAAUAAAUAAAGAUCUCCUGGGCACCCGCAUUUUCUCAAUUUACUCUUCCACUUACCUACCCUGUGAGGCGGCUUUCACCAGUUGCUCUUUAAUCUGGGGAGCAAAUGAGCUCAGAAAUGUGAGGCAAGUUUUCCAAAGUCAUACAGUAAGAAGAAGGAAAUUAAAGGUGAAAAACUGGUCUAUCUACAAGAAUCUCUAUGCUCUUUUAUCCACAGCACAGACCAUAAUACACAUAACUGUGGGCGUGAUUCUGGCUGUCUUCUGUACCUCCUCCUUACCUUAGAGAACCAGCAGAGAAGUCCGUUGGAGAGAGUUGGCUUUUGAUUUUCUUCUUAAAUUGCAGAUCCAACCACAUCAUUCAGCAGCUAUUUCCUUGGCUUCUCUCAUGACGAUUCCUGACUUCUGGCCCUGGCAGUCUUGGGAAGACAUCAUCCAGCUUCUUCAAUCCAGACCCUGGGCCCCCUCCUUUCCCCAGGAUCGCCCCCACCCAGCCCGGACACAUUGACUGAACUGUUUUCUAGGACACUGCACUCAGGAAGACAUGGUGGUGAGCCCUGACUCUCAGUCUUCAUGAUUGAAGAACUCUUUUGCACAACACAAGGCACUCAAGAAGAGUGAAUGAAAUGUGCAGCUCAGAGUGUCAUUUCUGAAGGGAGGAGUCUUUCUCUUGGAGAAGAGUCCUCAAUGAGCCUGGCCAAGGCCCGGGAUCUGUGUGAAGUGGACUAAGGAUUAAGUAGGAUGUCAACUGAGACAGAACUUCAAGUAGCUGUGAAAACCAGCGCCAAGAAAGACUCCAGAAAGAAAGGUCAGGAUCGCAGUGAAGCCACUUUGAUAAAGAGGUUUAAAGGUGAAGGGGUCCGGUACAAAGCCAAAUUGAUCGGGAUUGAUGAAGUUUCCGCAGCUCGGGGAGACAAGUUAUGUCAGGAUUCCAUGAUGAAACUGAAGGGCGUUGUUGCUGGCGCUCGUUCCAAAGGAGAACACAAACAGAAAAUCUUUUUAACCAUCUCCUUUGGAGGAAUCAAAAUCUUUGAUGAGAAGACAGGGGCCCUUCAGCAUCAUCAUGCUGUUCAUGAAAUAUCCUACAUUGCAAAGGACAUUACAGAUCACCGGGCCUUUGGAUAUGUUUGUGGGAAGGAAGGGAAUCACAGAUUUGUGGCCAUAAAAACAGCCCAGGCGGCUGAACCUGUUAUUCUGGACUUGAGAGAUCUCUUUCAACUCAUUUAUGAAUUGAAGCAAAGAGAAGAAUUAGAAAAAAAGGCACAAAAGGAUAAGCAGUGUGAACAAGCUGUGUACCAGACAAUAUUGGAAGAGGAUGUUGAAGAUCCUGUGUACCAGUACAUUGUGUUUGAGGCUGGACACGAGCCAAUCCGUGAUCCCGAAACGGAAGAAAACAUUUAUCAGGUUCCCACCAGCCAAAAGAAGGAAGGUGUUUAUGAUGUGCCAAAAAGUCAACCUGUAAGUAACGGCUAUUCAUUUGAGGAUUUUGAAGAACGGUUUGCUGCAGCCACCCCGGCUGUGACCCAAUUAGAACUUUUUGGGGACAUGUCCACACCCCCUGAUAUAACCUCUCCCCCCACUCCUGCAACUCCAGGUGAUGCCUUUAUCCCAUCUUCAUCUCAGACCCUUCCAGCGAGUGCAGAUGUGUUUGGUUCUGUACCUUUCAGCACUGCUGCUGUACCCUCAGGUUACGUUGCAAUGGGCGCUGUCCUCCCGUCCUUCUGGGGCCAGCAGCCCCUCGUCCAACAGCAGAUGGUCAUGGGUGCCCAGCCACCAGUCGCUCAGGUGAUGCCGGGGGCUCAGCCCAUCGCAUGGGGCCAGCCGGGUCUCUUCCCUGCCACUCAGCAGCCCUGGCCAACUGUGGCCGGGCAGUUUCCGCCAGCCGCCUUCAUGCCCACACAAACUGUUAUGCCUUUGCCAGCUGCCAUGUUCCAAGGUCCCCUCACCCCCCUUGCCACCGUCCCAGGCACGAGUGACUCCACCAGGUCAAGUCCACAGACCGACAAGCCCAGGCAGAAAAUGGGGAAAGAAACAUUUAAGGAUUUCCAGAUGGCCCAGCCUCCACCCGUGCCCUCCCGCAAACCCGACCAGCCCUCCCUCACCUGUACCUCAGAGGCCUUCUCCAGUUACUUCAACAAAGUCGGGGUGGCACAGGAUACAGACGACUGUGAUGACUUUGACAUCUCCCAGUUGAAUUUGACCCCUGUGACUUCUACCACACCAUCGACCAACUCACCUCCAACCCCAGCUCCUAGACAGAGCUCUCCAUCCAAAUCAUCUGCAUCCCAUGCCAGUGAUCCUACCACAGAUGACAUCUUUGAAGAGGGCUUUGAAAGUCCCAGCAAAAGCGAAGAGCAAGAAGCUCCUGAUGGAUCACAGGCCUCAUCCAACAGUGAUCCAUUUGGUGAGCCCAGUGGGGAGCCCAGUGGUGAUAAUAUAAGUCCACAGGCCGGUAGCUAGAUAGCGCAGGUCUGGGAGCCGGAGCCUCUCUACGCGCAGAUCAAUAGACCUAAGAAAUAGCAUCGAUGCGAGCUCGUGGUGGGUGCUCAAGACUGGCAUGGACAUCAGCAUCACGACAGGCUCUCUUGUAUUCUUUCACCUCAUCCCACAAGAAAUUCAUGAUUGCCCAAUGGAACUCGCUCAGAAGAGGGAACUAAGCGUUUUUGGCAACCAAUGGCAGAUAUCUAUGGCAGCACACACAGAAAAGUAUAGAAAGAUCCACCCAACAUUAAAUCACAAAUCAAGCAAAUGCUUACCCAACAAAUAUUUGAGCCCUCAUAGCUGGGUUUAAGUUGACCCAGUGUGCAAAAUUAUUAAUUCCCUUUUAAUUUCUCUACCUGUUGACCACUGUUGAGACACCAAAUUUGGAGUGACAGGCAUCAGAGGAUUACAACAGGGUUGGAACUGACUUCUUUAAGCAAAAGCAAAGGGUCUUCUGUGACCACAAUAUCAUCAUCCAUAUGCCUUUUCACAUAGGAUGAUGUGUUUUUUGUCACUCCAUGGGGCCUGGUCUGCCAUUUUCCCCCCUUUCCUUUCUUUGUCAUGUUUGAAAAUUAGUAGGUGUACAAAUUUUUGUAUUGCUUUUGACUUUUUUAAGAUAUGGGUGAAGAAAUCUAACUGGGGAGAAAAAAAGCCUCAGUGAAAUGAAUUAACUUGAAAUUACAAGACAAAUAAGUGGUUGAUUAUUUGUUAUGAUCAAGAAUGUUGCCAAAACAAUCCUUUAGCUAUUCUGCAUCCUGGUGAAGAAAGACAGCUUUCAGUUUGAACCUUCAUUCUGUGAGUAGGAAAAGACAUCAGAUCCCAUUGAUGAGAAAGAUGAAAAAAUGCAUCUGAUUUCUUAAGAAGCUCUAAACUCUUAAGUACAAUAAAAUGAUAUUUUUUAUUUUUCCGAUAUCUUGCUGCUGUGAUGCUAUGCAGACAAGUGUCUUCUCCACGUGCCAUUUUCAAAGAAAAGUCAUUUGCCAAAUAAUUCUGGUACAAUUCUGGUAAUGUGGUUUUGGAUCUUAAAAACCAACUUUCUAAAGGAACAAUGGUGGCAUACAUAUUCAGAAUAACAAACUGAUUCCGUGGUCCAAAUGGUUCAUCUCUAUCUCUUUUUGUACAUCAGAAAAUUCAAAUGGGAUUUUUAUUUUAUAACUUGAAAAAAAAAAAAAAAACCUUACCAUUAAACUCUUUAAAUAUUUAAGGGAAAUGGCUUUAAGGAGUUCUAAUGAAAAAAAAAUUGUGGUUUUUUUUUUUUGUAAAUAUAAAUGUUAAUGAAAAUGCUUUUUAAUAAUGCCAUUACACUGUAGAGAAGGUAGCAGAUUGAGUGCAAGGUGUGACAAACUUGAUGGAUGGGGCUCACUUUCCAGAUGUUAUUCUGGAGCAUAUGGUAGGAAGCUGGAGUGCAGGGACCGCUGGCACGAGCAGUUGGCCAAUCAGCAGCUAGUGAACGGGAAGGGAGCACGUGACUCCAUCAUCUAGCCUUUCCACGAGAGUCCCCACCCUCUGUGCAACACAAGAAAAAGACAAUUCACAUUCUGAAGAAUUCAGAUUCUGAAACUCUCCCACCUCCCCCCUCCCACCUACCCCAUAUAAAUCACUGGACUGUUUGUACGUGAAACAGAAGAGGCUAAGCUUCCUUUUUUUACACUUAUGAGACAAAAAGUGCAGUGUUUGGUUCGUAUGUUUAGCACAUGAUUUUCAUAAAGAAUCUAUAUAUUUUUGCCCUACAGAGAAUUGUUAUACAGGUCAAGUGUGUUUUCCUGAUGUUCCUAUGCAGUUACCGUAUGUUGAAUUUAGUGUUUUAACACUAAGAAGAAAACUUUAAAGAUUCGUGUGAUUAAUUGGAUUUGGGGAUAAUUAUUAUUUGGUUUUAAGAUUUGAAAAGUAGAAUUUCCAUUGAUAUGAUUGAUUUGAAUAGGCCUGUAUUUGGUUCUUCAUAUCAAUAGAAACUAAAAUGAUUUGGGAGAUUGAUUUGAAAAUGAUUGUAUACUUGUUCACAAAGAGAAAAGUGAUACAUCAAGGUAAUGGUUAUCAUUUAAAGCCCACAUUUUACACUAUCAGGUCACAGGAGUCUAAUUUUUUUUUCAGUUAGAUAAACUGACCAAAUGUCUAUUCAAGAAUAUAUGUCAAUGUCAUCCUAAUGUGGAAGGUCCGAAGAACCAGAAAAGUGAGAAGGGCCGUUUACCUCCCUCUGUAGCUAUCACCUGUUGGUCCACAGAGUUUCUCAAGGAAUGAGCAAACAUUUUAUGAUUAGGUAGCCCUUUCACAUGAAGGGGAAGAUGGGAAAGGUGGAAUGACUGUAAGAGUUGGCUUGAGACCAGUUCAAUUGUUUUCUGGGGAUUUGAUAAGAUACGCAGUUCCCAUGGGAAAUUGCUUAAAUUGCUUUGUUGUCUAUGAUUUGAUUCUAAACAAGUGGUGCUAUCUUCUCCCUCAAUAUGGCUGUCUUGAGUUUGUCUUGCAGUAUCACACCGUUGUACCAAUUCUUUGAGUUGCUUCUGACAUAUUCAAAGGGAACUCUGGCUGAUGUUGCUGUUUCAGGUAUACCAUCUGGAGUUAAUUUCCUAGCAGAAGGUGAAAGUCUAGGGGACUUGUCCUCCUUCAUUGAACAUGAUUGAAAAUAUAACUGGCUCUGAACUUCAAGAAGAUGCCCAAGUGAUGCAUUAAAGUGAGGGAAAUAAAGUCAAGAUUUUUCAACUGCCAUCCAUAUUCUCAUUGGCAGCAUUCUGAUUUUUUUUUUUUUUUCCAAGCACUGUUUGGUGAGCCCGGAACCACCGUAUCCUGUCCCAGGGAUACAGUGAAAUUUCCAAGCAAGAGCUGAGGUGCCAAUACCAAAAGACCAUGGGGAGUCUGCACAGUUCUGGUUAGAUCAAUAGAAAAUCCAUGUGUACAGCUGUUAAUUCCUCAUCCUCCACUAGCACUAAAUUUGUCACUUUAAAUUUUGAAACCAGGGAAACGCCACCUGUCAUUUUGUCCCCAUUCUCCAUAGCUCUUCAAUCUUUACAUGCCGCAAAACUUUUUUGAUAGCUCGUACUCAUCCCAGUGUCUCCUGAAACCCCAUCAUGUAAUGUACCGGGCACCUUCUUUUAAACAAAUGUUUACUCUGUGGGUUUGGUUCAUUUCAAUUUCUGCGUUCUGACACAUAUUUUUUUAAUAAAGAUGAGAAAGAGAAAAUGACUGUUGCAGUACAUUUCUAGACCUACUUUAACUUUACCUCAGAUGACAGUUUGUUAACAUAUAUGGACACAUUAUUUUUAACUUUAUGUACAAUGCAUUCAACAGAACAGCAAAAUUUUUAGAAAUUUUCCAUUAAUUUCUGUAACACACCAUGUAAAACUGUUACAAAUAAACAUGUUUGAGAACAACA